CUAAACUACUCUACUAUACACAAAAGUAUGGUAUAGCGAAAAAUCAAAUAAACAGCGAAGAAGUCAAUUAAAAGUGAACCACUGAGCAGGAUAACUUCACCGAAUUGAAUCCGCUACAUCAGAUGCUUGGAGACCAGCCGAAAAUCCCAGUCCCAUAGCGUUUGGCCAGUGAAAAGUGCAAAAUAAACAUUCGCCCAGGGGAGGGGGCCAAAGAAAACACUCGAGAGUCUUCCGAAAAUAUUAAGUCCCAAGAUACCACACAGAGCGAUUGGUUCUAAAAUGGCCACCAGCGAGAUUUCCAGCUCGAACGAGCGGCACUACUACGCCAAACUGGAGGCCAUCAAGGACAUCCGCGACAAGACGCUGUCCCUGGAGAAGCUGAAGGUGCGCAUCAUCAAGGAGGUGAAGCUGAGCGACGACGAGGAGAAGUGCCUGGAGGAGUACCGCAAGGAGAUGGAGCACCUGCUCGAGGAGAAGAUGUCGCAUGUGGAGGAGCUGCGCCAGAUCCAUGCGGACAUCAACGACAUGGAGAACAUCAUCAAGCAGACGAAGGAGAACCAGACGCGCUCCUUCGACAUGGCCAACCGCGUGUACGAGGAGUACUUGGCGCUCAAGUACCAGAUCGAUCACAUGCGCCGCGACUACCUCGGCCUAAGCCCCCUGCGGGAUCUGCACGAAGAGGAGGGCAGUCCCAUCUCGAAGGAUCGCUUCCAGACCAACUUCCUGAAGGUGGCCGCCCAAUCGGCGGCAGCAGCAGCGGCCGCAGCGGCGGCGGCCGCCUCUGUUAACCAGACCUCGGCGCUGGCCCGUCCGCAUGCCAGACACCCAUUGAUGCCCGAAGCCACCGUGACCGCCCUGCCCUCGGGCGGCGGACAGGGAGGCGGGGCAGGCGGCGGUGGGGCAGGCGGUGGCGGCGGGUCAGUUGGCGGCACCGGAGCCGGUGGCGGGAAUCCGGGACACGCCUUCAUGCCGCCCGCACCGCCGGGAUCGGGCAGUGCUGCUGCUGCCGCCGCCGCUGCGGCCGCGGCUGCAGUGCGUCUGGGCAAGGGCGACUUCUCGGCACCACCGCCGCCGCCGCCACCCAGCAACCGACUGCAGCAAUCGCCCUCCAUCGGGAUCGGUCAUCAUCCCUCGUUCCGCUCCGACUUCAACGUGAAUCUCCGCCAGCAGCCGCCGCCCAUGAAGUCCUGUCUCUCCUGCCACCAGCAGAUCCACCGGAACGCGCCCAUCUGUCCGCUCUGCAAGGCCAAGUCGCGCUCCCGCAAUCCCAAGAAGCCCAAGAAGAAGAACAACUAAGCGGCCAGCGUUGAAGACCAGCAACUACACUCAUCUUACGUCCGGAGCUGGUUCCGGAAUGUUAGCUCUUAGACGGAUAGGUGUUUUUUUUUUUUUUUGUAGUUUUGCCUCGUCUAUUUAUUAAUCCAAAAGGAAAGUAUUACAACGCAAGUAUGCAGGUGAGCUGAUGGAUUGUCCCGAGAUAUAGAUUUAAAUUCAGUCUUAUUUAAAAGGCUUUGAAAUUUAAAAAAUUUUGCAAUAUUGAUUUAAACUAAUAGAUCAACUAAACUCGUAUUUUCUACAUUUUAAAUAUAUGUUCAAAGUAUAAAUUGUACAUUGAAACACUUUUUGUCUAUUUAAAAUCUCAAAAGGAUUUAUUACACACCUGCCAUCAACAAAUUCUCAUAACAACUUUAGUUGGUAAUUCAAUUAUACUUGAUUAUUAUUUUUACUUUAAUCAUAGGCUAAGUUUAUUGUAAAAGCUCAACUAAUGUGUCCAAAUAUCGAAAACAAAAUUUCUUUUUAUACAUGUAAGCCAUGCAAAAUAUGCAAGUAUAGCCAUAUUAAGCGAACAAACAAAACAGAGUAUCAAUAAAAGUAUUUCAUUUUUAAA